AUGCUUAAACGUUCAAUUUCAUCUUUUUUAUUCAAGAUAACAAGACAAAUACCGAUGAACUGAAGAAGGCAAUCGCUGACAUUCCACAAAAUAAACCCAAUGAAUCUGAAGGAUUAGUUCGAAAGUUAUAUGGUGAGAUAUCGAAUUUGCAAGAUGCAGGCGUCAAAGAGAGCCUUCUGAAUGAGCUGAAAGCUGUUGCCUGUCGAGGGCUGCAAGAAGAGCUCAAAAAGAUGAUAGAACGUAAAGGUUUGCAGCUCGAAGCAAUUCACCUUGUAGUGAAUUACCUAACCAAUAUUCCAGAACUUGCAGAAUACCUAGAUAAAAACUCCAGUCAACCAGAAGUGGUACGUGAAGCUGGGUUAGAGAUGAUAAAUAAAAGACUCGGACAAGAUCUUGAAGUAGUUGGCGGACUCAAAGGUAAAGGCGUUGAUGUUUCGAAAGAUUGGGUGGAAAACCUUCGCAAAAGAGCUCCUUCCUUCCAAGCACUUACAAGGCUGAGAUUGCAAGAGCUAGAAAAAUGUUGCGAAGGGGCAGAUGAAGGAGAAAUGGAUGAGGUUUACCGACUGGUAGAAAAGGCCGAAUCACAGAAAAACCAACUCGCUGCUGUCCCACAAGACGAGAAACUCAUUCAGGAAAACAAAAAUGCAAAAGCUGUGGACGAAGAGAAGCUGAAGAAAGCUAAAGAAUUGAUGAAUAACGCCAAAGCUAUGGCUAACGAUCGCUCAGAGUCAUCAAAACAAGCCGUUAAUGAAAAACUAAGAGAGAUCAUGAACACACUUGAGCUUCCGGCCGAUUGGUUUAAGAAAGAUGAAGUACAACCAGAACAGUUAUUCCAGCAACUGGAUGAAAUUAUUGGGCAGUGCAGCAAUGUUGUGGAGUCCCGAGACUCGUACAACAGUGAGGUAGAAAUCGUCACCAGAGCCAGCGCUGGUAAAGCUUUAUGUGGGAUUUAUCAUUCCGAGUAUAAACCACCAAAACCGGCAGGAAGACCACUACUAUUAAUACCAACAACUGUCACCUUAACCAAUCCUAACAGUGCCCAGGAGAUAAACUACAUGAAAUUCUCUGCAAAGGGGACAGCUGCCGAAUACGUGCGAACAGUAGAGUCGUCCAGCACUAACAUUGGCAUUGGCGUGGCUGGUUUCUACGGCUUGUUCGUGGGGGAGGUGCAAGGCGGGUAUGGCCAUGAGAGCGGUAGCCAAGUAGAUCAUUCGGUAAAAUCAUCAACCACCAGUGCAUCCGUCCUACAGUACAUUCGCACCGCCAAGAAAACAUUCCAACUCGAGCGAGACCAACUAAAUAUUUCCUUGACAGCCAGAAAAAUGGCCAAGGCGAUAACCCAGGAUGCAAAAGCCAAAGCAGCAAAGCGCGAGAAAUCAGCUCGUAUCUUCAUGGACCGAUACGGAAGCCAUUUUCCUGCAGGUGUCCAGACUCUUGGCGGUGUGUUUUUUAGCAUUGCUGAUGCCGAAAGUAAAAGCACCACAGAUACAUUCAAGCUGACUGAGACUGCCGUGGAUCACCUUAAUGCUCAAAUUUCGUUUGGCUUUCUUAGCGGAGCGUUCGGGAUUGGAGCAAGCGUCACUGGUGAGCACACCGCUGGUUCAGGGAAAACUGACGAGAAACACGAGACCAGCGACAGCGAGAGAUUCACCUAUUCUGUGAAGUCCAUGGGCCCACCAGCAACCAAUCCGUCUACGUUUCACAAGUUACUUUCAUACAACUCCACCUGGGCGUUAAUUGAUCGUGGCAGCUUCGAAGGCUAUAUACCAGUCUGGGAGUUAAUCAGAGAUCUUGGGAAAGAGUUUGAGGGGGCGGCUUCUGUCCUAGAGGAAACCUGGUGCAAAGACGAAAAGGCCAGGAAGGAAGAGUGGGAGGCGCAACAAGAAAAACAGAGAAAGCUCAGACAACAAGAAGAGGAACGAAAGGCGAAGGAAAAGCUGAUGGAAGAAGCAAGAGCCGAUUUGUUAAAAAUCAAGGAGGAGCAUCUUAAUAGAGUAAGAUAAAAAUCACUUUUUAUGAAAUGCAAUUUUCACCUAAGGAUUACUCAGAUAAUGAGUAAGACAGCUUGUCUCUAUCACUAUCCUUGAUUCAGGCGCAUUCCCGUUCAGUUUGGCCUUAACCAUCCGUAUGAAGUGAUUUUUAAAAUGUGAAGGGGAGUCAAAUAUUUAUUGAUCAUCAGUGGGGAUUAACUAUUAAAAUUUAAGCAGACAAAGUUUAUUUUUCUCAAUAUAUACCUGCAAACUAAAUCCGACGUUAUUUAGGGGACACUUCCUUAAAGAGGCUAAUGGAGAUGUGCCGCCUAAUGGGGUCGCAUUUUCACGACUGGAUUGACUAUAACGGGGUCGCAUUUUCAAUAGAGUUACUGGAAUGGGGUCGCACAUUUUAGGAUUUUGGGGUGAAAAAGUUCUUCAUAAUUACGGUUAUCAAACGUACCAGAAUGUAUUUACUGUAUAGGUGUAACGCAAAGUGGACCUUCAAUUAAAAAAAAAAAAUGGUUCAAUUCAUUUUAGGAUGGCCUAUUUAAAGGAUUGAUGAGGUAGAUACUUAAAUAGAAAGUGGCUAACUUGGGAUCGCGAAAAUUACAUAUUUGCCCAAAAGUGACUAAGAUGGGGUCUAUAACUGGCCACAAUAAAGAAACCUUUUUUUUUUUGCUAUUUACAGGACGCUGGCAUAGAUGUUGGUUACUGGCCAACUAAUGGUAAGCUAUUCUUUAACCAAGAUUGGAUGAAACAUGCAGAUGCCUAUGACAAGGGAAUUGAGCUGAUCAUGAAAGAUCCAUAUCAUAAUAUCUGUGAAAUCACUUGGUGGUGGCAUAUUGGAGGGUCUGGAUAUACCUUGAAGUGCUGGACCGCAUCGGAUAACACGGCUACUACUUUUGGCAAAGGAGGAGGAGAACAUGUAUUGUUCUUCAGUGAGUUGCUCUUCAAAUGGAAGGACAAUGUUCCCAGACGUGGAUAAGAACAAAUAUCACUCUUGGACAUGAGAAAACUUACAGAGGCAAAUCAAAAAUGAAAUUAGCC